CCAUGGUAUGAAGAACUCUCGAAGACUCUAAAGAAUGUCUUCCAUUUGACCAAAUUUCGGCCCAACCAGCUCGCCGCUAUAAAUGCAACUAUGGGUGGGAAGGAUGUUUAUGUCCUUAUGCCUACUGGUGGAGGCAAGAGCUUAUGCUAUCAGCUCCCAGCUGUAUGCAAAACCGGGAAGACUAAAGGGGUCACCGUGGUCAUCUCACCCUUGCUGGCAUUGAUGUCCGACCAAGUCCAGCACUGUCGUGACCUGAACAUCGAUGUAGUUAUGUUGAAUAGCGACAUCUCCAAAGACGAAGCCCGGGAGACCGAGAGCCGCCUGCGUAGCAGGAACAAGCCAGCGUUGUGCUACAUCACCCCAGAAGGUUUGGAAGCACGAGGCUCCCUGCGGAACCUGUUAUCCUACCUUCACAACGACAAUAACCUAGCCCGAUUCGUCAUAGACGAGGCGCAUUGUGUAAGUCAAUGGGGCUUCGACUUUCGACCAGCAUACGAGAAACUCGGCAUCUUGCGCCGUGAAUAUCCGGGCGUUCCCAUCAUGGCGCUCACUGCGACGGCAAACAAGCGAGUAUCUGAGGACAUCAUUGGCUGCCUCGGGAUUAAAGGCUGUGUGAGGCUGUCACUGUCAUUCAAUCGCCCGAAUCUGCAUUACUCGGUAAGGAAGAAGCCACCCGGAAAUUUGGUGGCGAACAUAUAUGGGUUCAUCAACUCCUGUCAUCGCAAUGACGCCGGCAUCAUUUAUUGUCUGUCUCGCAAGAAGUGCGAAGAGGUUGCUGCAGAACUUCGCGAUACCUUUGGAUUACCUGCGCGGCACUACCACGCAGGAAUGAACAAGAACGACCGUCUUAGGACCCAGGAAUCGUGGAAGCAUAACGAGUUCAAAGUUAUCGUUGCCACGAUUGCCUUUGGGAUGGGGAUCGAUAAGCCGGACGUUCGCUAUGUUAUCCAUCAUUCUUUGCCGAAAUCUUUAGAAGGGUAUUAUCAAGAGACUGGUCGUGCCGGUCGAGACGGAAAUGACUCCGUGUGUAUCCUGUACUAUCACUACGGUGACACGGCAUUGUUCAAGAAGUUCAUAGACGAAAGUGACGCGUCCCCUGAGCAGAAAGAAAGACAACGAAUGGAUUUGCAGCGAGUCGUCCAAUAUUGCCAGAACAUCACAGACUGCCGACGCACCCAAGUACUUCAGUACUUUGACGAAGAGUUUGCCCCUGAAAACUGUCAUAAGAGUUGCGACAACUGCAUGAGCAAUGAAGAAACUCUGCUCGAGGAUGUCAGCGACCUGGCACGGAAAGCUCUUUUGACUGUUCAGGCUGCCCUACGAUCGGGUCGUGUAACACUAGCACAAGCGAUCGAUAUCUUCCGAGGCGCUCACACUGCCAAAGUCAAACAGAUGGGCUGGGAUAAUCUCGAAGCUUAUGGGACCGGAGCAGGCAUUAACCGAGAACAAGUCGAACGUCUGUACCAACAUCUUGUGUCCCAUGACGCGUUGCGCGAGCAAUCCGUGAUGAACGGUGGUGG